AUGGCAAUUGCUUUCUCUGAGAAUGGUGUUAAUAACGUCAAGCUUUAUAUCAACAUUGUUAAUCCAUGCAGUACCGGUGUACAGGUGAAUAUAUCUGCUCCUCGGUUACCAUCAUUCCCCAUGAGGCAAGAGUAUGUGGGACCAAAAGAGAUCAUUGUCAUAGAUAUCGAUACAGCAAAAUUCGAAGUAGAAGGAACAGGCAAAAGUGGUCAAGGUAUCCUCCUCCACUCAAAUGACACCGAAUUGAUUAUCACGGGACUUUCAACUGCUUAUAACAGCGCGGAUAUGUAUUUUACGAGAAACGCUACUCAACUUGGUACCGAGUAUGUCAUAAUUACAUACUGUUAUUCCGACGGUUUGUGUCAGUUUGUCAUUGUCGCCAUGGAGGACAAUACAGCUAUCGAAAUAUUGUUUCCUCAGUACUUUGCUUCUUCGAUAGUAUUUGACGGAAAUAGUUAUAGUGCUUGUGACGUUAUGAUCUUGACUUUACAAGAAUCACAAACUUUCCAACUCCAGUCAACUUCUGACCUGAGUGGAGUAAAAAUUAUAUCUCCAAACAGAAAAAGGUUUACUGUUAUAUCUAGUAGUCCCUUAACCGCAGUACAAAAUGGAGGAGGAGGUCGUGAUCAAGUAGCGGACAUUGUACCGCCUUUAACCGCAUGGGGAAACGAAUAUAUCAUCGUUCGCCGAAACUCUCAAGAUUAUUUACACGAUGAUAUAAAAUUUGUUGCCGCAGCUGGUGGCGCAAACAUUUCAAUAUUUGGAUGUGGACCUGUUAUUAAUCAUUUUGUUGUUCCGCAUCAAAUAUACUUAUACCAAAUGACGUGUGAACGCGUUCACAUUAUAUCCGAUGAACCAGUACUCGUUGCUCACUUCCCUGUUGGUUUUGGAAAUGGUGAUCCAGCAAUGCUCUUCCCGACACCAGUCUCUCAUUACGUCAGACAGUACACUGUUUAUAUUCCAUCAGGAUUUGACUUUUGUGCCAUUGCGCUUGUAAUGAAUUCACUAGAAGUCAGUACCUUCAAUUAUUCAGACACAUUUAUUCCAUGGAUAAGAAUAGGACAAUCAAUGUUUUCCACAGCAUGGUUAGAGAAUCUGAAUUCUGGUGUUGUAUAUAUAGAGCACACGUCACCGUUCGGAGGUCACGUAAUUUGCGAGAAAGCUUGGUCCAUGUCAGCGUUAACAAUCGGCAUCGGAAAUUUUACUAGUCACGAGGCACAGGAUCACUCCAAGACAUCAGACAGUUCUGAGAGUUCAACAAUGCCAAUUGUUCACGGUAAUUACUCAUCUUCUUUGAAUCAGAUGAUGCGUCCAUGA